UGUUGCCAUGACAAAGCUUGAGGACGCCACUGACCGCUUUUGCUCCGAAGCGUACGGCUUACGCGCUUUGCCUUCGUCGUCGGUCGUCGGUCGUCGGUUCGGCUUUAAGGAAAGGACUUCGCCUCCCAACCCGAACUGCGCGGGUAACAAGCGCAGUGAGAGGCGAAGAGAAAAUCGAGGAGUCGGAGAGGAAAUCGAGGAGUCUUUUUUUGGCUUUUUCAAUGGCGAUCGUGCGAUCCCGCCCUGAACUUUAUCGUUGGCGACGUUUCAAUCAGCCAGCAUCGCGGCAAAAGCCACAGUUUGAUGCUGACAAUAUAGAGCACUGGAUAAAGCGGGUGGAACAAGCCUCCGAAUUUGCUGUUUCUGAAGCUUUUUCAUUAAAAAAGACAUCCCAUUCUCAUGGAUUUCAUGGUCCAGUACUGGAUUUGGAAACAACAGAUCAGCUGCUAGAUCACGAUGAAGCAUAUGUAGAAGCUCAAGAGUUGCUUAAUGAUUGGAUGAAUUCAAAAUUGAAAUUGGAACUGGCAAGUGAUGAAGACAACGAUGUUCAAAAUUCAGCACCUAACUCUGUUCCUUUACAAGAGCCUGUUGCUGGCUUUCAGAAAUAUAAAAAAUUUGAUGAUUUCUAUGGUUAUUUGGAGCAAGAGGUGGAAAGCACCACGGUACAAGAUUUUUUACAGCAUCUAUUGCAAAGUGAAAUUGUGAACAGUGGUAUACUGGAAGACCUUAAAACUAAAGGCAUCAGAGAGAAAAAGGAACCCAGAGACUUACGAAUUAACAUGGAACUAAGACAUAAACAAGUAAAAGAAAAUCGCUUGAAAAAGCAGAAAGAGCUUGAACUUCUAAAACAAGAAAAAGCCUUGAAAAAGUUAGCAGUAUCAGAGGCUCAAAAGCAAUUGCAAGAGGAGAUGAAGAGGAAAGAUCUGAAAGCCAAAAAAGAAGAAGAAGAGAUCAAAAAACAGAUGGUAAUACUGCGGAAGGAGUUGGGAGAGAAAAGAUAUCUCAUGGAAGAAGCACGGAAAAUGGAAAGAAAGAGACACAAUUUAAAAAAAAUUCAGAGUCUGAUAGAGGUUGGCCUGCCUCUUGCUGACCUUAUCUGUCUGAAUUGUGAUAAUGAAAGACAAAAGAAGGGGGAACAGGACAAACAGCUGGAACUGCUAAGCAAGGUCAACGCUGCUGAUCAGAAGUGCCUACGGAAGUAUUUUUCUGCCUGGUACAAGUUUAUUCUGGAUCUCAGAAUUAAAAUGGGAAAAGCAAGAGCCCUUGCAGACUGGAAGUGCCAGCUGAAGAUUUUGCGAGCCUGGAGAGAUUAUUCAUGGUCUCACAAACUGGAGAAGGAGACUCAAAAAAUGGAAAAUCAGCUUCGGGAUCAAAAUAGGAAAAACCAAUUGGCUAUAGAGUUUAACCGGAAAUGCAUUUUGCGUCAUUUCUUUGCUGAAUGGCAAUGCUGGAGCAGAUUAGAGAUGGAAAAGAGAGACCUAGAGACGAAAAAAGAAAAAAUGAAAAGAAAAAUGGCAAGGCUCUUGGAAGAAGUAUCACUGGGGCAACUAACAUCAGAUUUCUCAAGACCUACCAAUAAAAUUCAUGAGACAGAGGUUACCCAGGAUAAAUCUGCAAAUGAUACAGAGAUAAACCAAAUAGAGGUUAACAAGCUGACUGAAGUACCAUUUGUUCAAAAUAAUCCCACAAUUGCAAAAUCUGAAAGAAAAAAUUCCUACUCUCCAGGGACAAGUAAAAAAUGCAAUCUCCAUUCACCAAGUCAACCAAAAUGGCCAUGGCAAAUUACCAGAAAACAUGCUGCUUUCAAUCUUCAGGACCAUGCCAGGUUUGGGAAUCAAACAAAGCAUUCCUUGCAACAUCUUGAUCUAUCAAAACAAAAGAAAUCUUCUGCUAUUUUGGGCCCCCUGGAACAGCAGCGUCUGAUAGAAGAACAGCAACAACAGCUUCAAGAGCAGCAAGAGCUGAUCCGUAAACUUCAGGGCCUUCAGAGGCUACACACUGCUUGGGAGGAGGUUGAGCAAACUACAACUGCUACCACAGUACUUAACAUUAACACUCUAAAAAUUAAGAAAGAAAAGCAGCUGAGAGAAAAUCAAUCAAAUUACAAGAAUAUUACACCUGAAAGGUCAGAUGUUCAGCAGCCAGUCACUCAAAAGAAAAGGAUUUUGAAAGCACUAGUGACACCACAUCCCUUACUCAGAGCUAUGGAAGAGAGAGCAAUUCAGCGAGCAGAACGGAGGAGGCAAUUGGAAGAAGCAAAACAAAAGCGAGAAGACAAAAAGCUGGCUGAGAUGCAAGCCAAAGAAGAAGAACGUGAAAGACAAGAAGCAGCAGAAAAAGAAGCUAAAUUAGAGAAGAGGCGAGAAGAGAAGAGAUUGCAGCAAAUAAAAGAACUGGAAAAACAGAAAAGGCUAGAGAGAGAACAGCAACUUUUAUCCAAAGCUGAAGACCAUUACAUUAAGAUUCUGCUCAAGCAGGGGUUAAAAGCCUGGAAAAGUCUUAUAGAGCAAUCUGAAGAAAAUAUGGUGAUGGCGCAGAGGCAUCAUUGUACUAGGUUGCAGCAGAAGUGUCUUCUUGCCUGGCUUCAUCAUAUGCAAGAAAUUCAAUCAAGAAAAAUAGGUCAAGCUGAGGAUCUCUAUUGCUCUCAGUUGCUUAGAAGGUCUUUCAGGAGUUGGAUAAAGUAUAAGGAUUACAUACUUACUCUGGAAGAGAGUGCAAGCAAAGUCCAUGAAACUGCCUUAAAGAAGAAGUUAUUUGGGUCUUGGUUUGAUUUGGUGAAUGAGGAGAAAAGUAUAUUGUGGGCAAAACAAAAGACUGCUGAUCAAUACUUUAACAGGAGAAUGAUACUACUUGCAUUCAGAGCCUGGCAACAGUUCCCAGCUCAGAUGAAAGAGGAAAGAAAAAAAGAAGAAAGACUAGAAAAGCUAAGAAAGAGAGUAUCUGAAAUUUUGCCAAAUUUCCAAGCAUGACAAAAGGAUUUCAGAGCAGAGGACAAAUGGAACGUGGAAAGGAAAAAAAGUCCAUGUAACCAAUACUGACUCUGUAGCACCAUUUUAGUAAACUCAUUCCUGUGUGCCUUUUUCCUUCUAUCAACAAUUAUGGCAGCAUCUUUGGUUUGCAAGGAAAUCCUACUGAAUGUCUUCUUUGUAAUCAGAAUCAGCCUUAAGAACAGAACUUGUCUAUUGCUGUUCAGCUGUUAAAUGCCCACAGCGUGAACAUAGUAACAUUCCUCACUCUUUACCUACAUUAAGGCAUUUUCUUGUUGUCUAUGCCAAACAGCUGUAACAUAAAUGCAAAAACAACCAGUUAAUCAAUACUAGCUACCUUGGUCUUAUCCCUAAUUGCUGAGAGGCAAUCAGUUUCCACAAUACAGGGAUACACUUUUAUGGUCUCUAAUAAUACAAGAUCUUCUCAAGGGAAAUAGCUCCAGCCCCUUCUAUAUGUAAUUGUAAAGGAAGUCUAGAGUUGAUUUCAUUGGUAAAAUAUGUUUACAGUGGAAAUCUUGCUCAUUUCUGAAUAUCCUUUCCUCCUUUCUAGAUAAUGGCCUUAUUGCAUGCAGCUUUUUUUUUAGUUUCAUAUCUGUCACAAAACCAGAUCAUACAGGCAAUUAUUUUAUAAAAUGCUUACUCAGUUUAAGCAUAAAGGUAUGGAGGACUUCUUUGUCCAUUAGUGAUGCAAAUAUGAUUUUACUCUCAGAUAUAUAAGGUCCAUGUUGGUCCUAGCUUUCAAAUUCAACUACUACACAUACAUUUUUGGUAAUAGUCGGUUUGGAACUUUGGCUAUUCUGGGAUUGUUUAUCAGAAAAAUGUUAUAGGAAUUUUUAUAAUUAAGACACUGUCAGUCUCAGGAGUUACAGUUCAAAUGCUCAGUGCAACUGAGGUGAAUAACAGUAUAAUCUU